GAUGACCCGGAUGUUUUCUUCUUCGUCUCCUGGAAACAAAACUGUUGUUUAGCUGCCUUCCGGUGGAGCAGAAAAAAUACUUCCAGCGUGGAUAUUUAAUCUUAAAUAUAAUAAUGGCUGAAGUGGAGGAAACUUUGAAGAGAAUCCAGAGCCAGAAAGGCGUUCAGGGCAUCAUUGUGGUCAAUUCAGAAGGAAUCCCCAUCAAGACGACCCUGGACAACUCCAGCACGGUGCAGUACGCCGCCCUGAUCCACCAGCUGGUGAUGAAGGCGCGCAGCACGGUGCGGGACAUCGACCCGCAGAACGACCUCACCUUCCUGCGCGUGCGCUCCAAGAAGAACGAGAUCAUGAUCGCUCCAGAUAAGGACUACUUCCUGAUCGUCAUCCAGAACCCGUCGGUCUGAAAGUGGAGGGAAGCUGAACAAAGACUCCACUCUGCAUCGCCUGUCCUGUUCAAAUAGCCAAAAUGUUUUUGUUCUUUUCUUUUGGGUUGCAUUUCAAAGUGAAAAGUGAAACAAUCCCGUUCAGCUGAGCUUCUCGAGUAGCGUGAAGGUGUAGGAUGGCGUAUGGAGAACAGAAAGAGGGGGGCUGAGGGGGAUUUUCCAGAUUUUUCUCCUCCUUUUAGCAUUCCAGGUUGGUGUUUGUCUCUGUUUCUAUGUGUUGCACAACAAGCAGAAAGUGGGCCCAGAGGCUGCUGCUCGGUGUUCAGGAAACAUGGACCAAACGUGUGUUUUGGUCCUUGUUUCGGGAACAUUUGGGGUUAUUUAUUGGUCAUGAGAACAUGUGUAAGUUGAGCCAUGGCCUACACAACAAACACUCGUCUGCUCGCAAUGUCAACCUUUAUUUGUAACAAAUUAAGAAAUAAAAAAACUUCAAAAUGA